AUGCGUCAAAGCGCGCUCUCCACUUCACGCGCCUACAAAAAACGCGACUGCGCUCCGAGUUUUCCUUCUCUCUUCUCUCCUUCCCUCUUCAUCACCAACCGUGUUCCUUCAUUGUUUCCCACCUACUGUCAGAACCGAUGCGAAUCUCCCAGGGACAACGACGGCAGACCGGCUCGACUCGUCCGCCCAUGUAGCUGCUCUCGCGUGCACCAUGGGCACAGUUCACCUCUUCCUCGUCCGUCAUGGCGAAUCCGUCGACAAUGUUGCAAAGCUCUAGUUCCCCCCAACCUAAGGAAAAAGAGUCGCUGCCCUCUUUCUAACUGUCCUGCUUGUGUGUGUUGCAGUGCAGGCUCACGCGACUCACCUCUGACAUCCCACGGCGUUCUGCAAGCCAGGCGCCUGGGCGCUCACCUUGCCGCACGAACCGCUUCUGCCUCCGCCGGCAUCACGCACAUCUUUUCCUCAACCCUACGUCGUGCCUCGACCACCGCUGCCGCGGUUAGGGAAGCUGUUGCGUCCUCGCAUCACUCGUCUGCAGCGAGAGACAUCAGGGUCGUGCGGCUCUCCGAUCUCCGGGAGAAGCACUUCGGCACGGGGGAGGGACAGAAGUUUGGAGGCACCACCGCGUUUGGGACAGCCCGACCCAGACACGAUGGCGCCGAGGACCUUCACGCUAUGCGUGUGCGCGCCAAGCGGUUCGUUGACGGGUACCUGGCUCCAAUCUUCGCUUGCGUCGACGCGGAGCCAGGUGGGGCUGCAGAGAGCAUCAUCAUAGUCGCCCACGGGAUCAUCCUGGGGGUGUUGUCGAGCGUUCUCUGCGGCCCCGGGCUCUUCGCUGCUGUGGAACCCCACUCGGAGUCCCAGCGGCCAUGGUCGUGGAGCAACACCGGCUUCGUCGAGAUUCGCGUCUCGUCGAUGCCGGUAGCUUCUGACCUUGCGCGCGCGUCUCACGACGCGUUGCUGACCGUCAGAUGGCCGCGUCUGUCCCUUCAGACUAUUUCGGUCAACUGCACCGAACACCUCGCGGGCCUAAAAAAGACCCGUGGCGGUAUCGGUAGCGCAAAGUUUGACGAGAAGCAGAAGACGAUCAUUUCGUUCUUCGCGCCUGCGCCUAAAAAACGCAAAGAUUGAGACUUUGAUCUGAUGGUCGCCACAACUUCUGUGUUCUGUUCGUUCUGUUCAGCCUCUUGGCAGCAGCACUGUGUCAGUUCUACCUGUACCGUCCGAUGCGCCUUGCGGGUCUCAACUUGACGAGCCUGCGGGUUCAGAUUGGAGUUGCGGAUCUCUUGGUCCUGGACUGUUUCGGACCUCUGGUCUACUACUGAGUCCCACUGUUAAAAAGCAUCCCACAGGAUUCUAGAUUCUAACCGGCUUGACUUCACCUCGCUCGCUGGUCUGAAGCUUCACGUACUGUGUUACUUCCAAGAUGGUAUCGUGGUCACCUACCACGAUACAUCAACCUGAUGAGUGCUGGGGGGUUCGAAUCCCUCUUUCCUGCGUCCAGUUGGGGACGGUACUCAGCAGUCACCUCGGCGGACCUUGCAACAAGGGCUAAGCCUCAGGGUGUAGAACAAAAACUCUUCUCGUGGGACUAUACAGUUUGUUGCGAAAUGGCUGGAGCUAGGUUCAUAUCGAAGGAGAAACAUGGUUCAGUGGUCAGCUCGGUUCGGGAUAGAACUCAACUCUAAGGUAUUCAUAAUACACAAUCGUCUACUCUAAUGUGACAUUUCCCACCGAUCUUGAAUGCCAGUUCGACCUCCCGAGACUUGCUUGACCU